AUGUUCGCUUCCUUCCCACUCCUGGCGGCUCCCUGGAGAUCCGUUUGCUCCCUCUUCGAGGGCGGAAGCGACAAUAAUGGGCGGAGUGUGAAAUGGUUAGAUGGUUUGCGCGGGAUCGCUUCCGUCCUCGUCAUUCUCACCCACCUAGCCCGAGCCUGGGACUACGGCCUAUUCUCCCCGAAUGGCAAGGAUACACCCCCCCGAUUGCUCCAGCUCCCCAUUCUGCGCAUCCCCUGGCAGGGCAGAAUUGGCGUCACUAUCUUUGCCUUCCUGACCGGGUACGUCUGCGCCCUUAAGCCGUUGCAACUGUCCCGUGCGGGAAACUAUACCGCAGCGUUCUCCUCCAUUUCCAAGAGCGCAUUCCGCCGCCCACCUCGUCUUAUACUUCCUGCAACAAUUGCCAUGGUUCUUGCCUGGGCCGUAGCGCAGCUGGGCGGUUUCACAGUUGGUAAUAGGGCGGAUUCGGAUUGGAUUCGGUUUGCGAGCCCUGUGGUGGAGGACUCGCUUUUGAAGGAAAUCAUGCGCCUGUUCCGCGUCUUCAGAAGCACUUGGACAAAUGGACACAUGGACUACGAUGACCACCAGUGGGCACUGCUGCCACUGCUUAAGGGCUCCAUGAUUAUUUAUGUCGUGCUCUGUGGCACGAUGUAUAUGCAGUACCGGUACCGGAUGAUGGUAUACUCCAUUAUGUUUAUGUACUUCUGGCAGCACCCAGGGCCCGAUACAGAAACCUUCGGCCAACAACUCUUCGUCGGCAUGUUCCUCUCCGAUCUCGCAAACGAUCAAUCUUUCCAGAUGUACGUCUCCACCCUUACCUCUUCCCGUCGCAUCUUCAGCGUCACAAUCGCUAUCCUAGGCCUCUCCCUUGCCUCUUUCCCCGGUGAACAACCAGAAUACGCAGACUGGUCUCAAUUUCUUCUUCAAAUUGGCCAAACCAUUUUCCCCAGCGGUGUCAACCUCGGCAAACGCUUCUCCGCUCUAGGCCUCGAUCUGAUCGUCUUUGCCAUCUUCCUGUCCCCAACCACCAAAUCCAUCCUCUCAAAACGCCUCUUCCUCUUCCUCGGCCGCAACAGCUUCGCUGUAUACCUCUGCCACGGCACCCUCCUCCGCGUCGUCCUGACCUGGAUGAUCUAUGGCAUCUCCGGCCAGCCGUGGGAACCUACGAAGAAUAAGGACGGUGAAGUCGUUCCGCCGCCCUGGUUGCCGCGCGGCGGUCCUGUUGUCUUUGCUAUUGCGAUCCCCAUAUGGAUCUGCAUUGUGUACUUCGUUGCGCAUCUCUGGACGACGUACGUCGAUGCAUUCUGCGCAAGGCUUACACACAGGUUAGAGGCCCAUGUCUUUGAACCGAACGAGAAAGAGCACGGUAGAUUGCCGCGAUAA